AUGGCAUUCCUGUUCACGGGCUGUUACCAGAGCUGCCCCUGGCUGGGCCUGUUGUUGUUUCGGCGGAAGAACAUUGGCUACGACGACGAGCCCGAUCUGGAGAUGGGCGAAUACCUACCCGAGAGUGGCAGUUUGGACGAGGCCAAGGUGGAAAAUCAGGUGGGUUAAAAAUGUUUUUUUGAGGGCAUGGGUAGAUUUUUGAGGUUAUGGGAACAGCGGAAAUGAUGGUUAUGGUAUUAAAAAGUAGGGUAGGUCAGGGCAAGACAGGGCAUGACAGUGCAAGCCAAAGCUGUGCAGAGGAGAACAGGGCAAAGAAAAGAGGGAGGGAGUAGGGUAACACCGGACAAGACACGGAAGGGCAGGGUAGAUUUAGAAGAAAAAACGGGGCGGGGGGGGGUAUUUUUUUAUUGAGUAAUUUUUAAAUACAGGGGUAGCUUUUUCAGGGCAUGGUAGGGGUUUUGAGUAUGAGUGUAGUUUUGGGGGAGGGGUAGUUUUUUAGGUAAACUCUAGGGGGAGGGGUAGAUUUCUAGAUUUUGCAGACUUUUUAAGUUGUUAUAGAAUUGCUGGGUGGGGUAGAUUUUUAAGGUAAGGGCGGACUUUAAGGUUUUUUGAACGUAGUGGGGUAUGGUAGAGGGAUACGGUAUGGGAUGGUAGAGCAGGGUAGAGUAGGGUAGGGUAGGGUAGGUAUUGGGUAUGGUAGGGUAGGUAUUGGGUAGGGUAGGUCAGGGCAUUAUUUCUUAGAAUAGAGAAGAACUACCAAAGAUUGUUAUUGUUGGUCUUUAAUGCUUCUUGUGCCCUCUUGAUCCUCAAGUGUUUUUGGCCGAGUUCAUGUACAAAACAAGAUGACGAUUACAUAAACAUGAACUUAUCAAAAGGCCUAAACUGUAUCUGAGAAAACGGCCUAAUUUCUUGCAAAUAGACGGAGGCGAUCCUAGAAUUUUGGUUGUACCAUGAACGUAAGCUAGAGAAAGAACGGGAAUGGAAAAAGAAAUGAGGUAGAGUUGGAAGGUGGGAGGGUUGUACCUAAAACAGUAUUUUUUGUUUUUUAUGGUUUAGGUAAGGUUAAUAGCCUAUUAAAUUUUAAGGUGUUUACUGUGAAAAGCGUAGAAACCAUAAUUUAAAAAUAGAAUUUAUUAGAUUUUUUGUAGGUAAGGGUAAAAACAAAAAAACAGCUGAAGUAAGGGCUUAGGCGGUAGGUUAAACAGUAAGGUUGGACUAUAAUAAUUGGAGUAAGGUUGGGCAGUUUAAGGGGUGAAGCUGUGGUUAGGGGUAGAUUUCGAGCUAGGGACAGGGUCUAGCCUAGGAUCUAAGCGAAGGUUCAGAAUAAAGCCAUGAUUAAGGCUAUAGUUAAUGUUAAGACUAGGUCUUAUGCUAGGGCUAGGGUUUAACUUAUUGUUCAGGCUAGGACUAAGACUCAAGCUAGAUCUUAUGCAAGGUUUAUUGUACAGAUUAGGACUCAGGCUAAGGCUAAAGCUUAAGGUAAGACUCGGACUAGGUUUAAAGCUUAGAUUAAGGCUAGGACUUGGGUUUGAUUGAAAGCGCAGGCUGGGGCUAGGGUCAGCAAUGGGGCUUGGGAAAGGACAUGACAAGGCAGGGCAAGGCAAGGCAAUGGCAAGGCAGGGCAGAGCAGAGCAGGGCAAAUUAAGGCAAGGCAAAGGCAAAGGCAAGGUAAGGCAAGGCAAGGCAAAGCAGGGCAGAGCAGAGCAGGGCAAAUUAAGGCAAGGCAAGGCAGGGCAUUGCAGGGCAGGGCAGGGCAGUGCAGUGCAGGGCAGGGCAGUGCAGGGCAGGGCAGUGCAGGGCAGGGCAAGGCAAGGCAAAGACUUUCUUAUGUAACUUCUCUAACUCAUUACCUCCAAAGACCAUUCUUUUUAACUACCAAACUAUGUAAUUGUCGAACUCAGCAGACCUUUAAAUCGUUUUAUAAAUUUUAAAAUUUUUGCGAAAAAACCCGGAAAAACAAACAGCACACUAGCCUUGUUGUCGUGCUGGAACGGCAUUAAUGAUGCACAAUGUUCUCUGUUUUUUACAUAAAAAAAGUUCGAACAAGGUCUGGUUGUAUGUCAUUACUUUUUCGACUUUUGAAAACAACAACCAAUAAAAUUAUUUUUUUUUCUCAGAAAUUUUUUUUGAAAAGACGAAUUUCGAAAAAAGUCAACAUUUUAGUUACGGUCAGCUGGACUGCCAUUGUUUUAUAGAUGAAGGCAAGGUGAAGACCAGACUGAUGGUUAGGCAUUGACUUUCUAAAAAAUUUUGUAGAUAAAUAUAAUUUUUGGCUAGCUGUUUUUUGAAAAAAAAAGGUUUUUUUUGUUUUGUGCAGUUUGCGAGUGACAAGUUAUACGAUGACUGUUGUUUUUAAUUUAAUUAUUUUGUAAAGAAAGUUCUUGCCAUUUUUGUUUUGUAAAGAAAGUUCUUGCCAUUUUUUAUUUUGUAAAUAAAGUUCUUGCCAUUUUUUGAUCUGUAAAGAAAGUUCUUGCCGUUUUUUGUUUUGUAAAGAAAGUUCUUGCCGUUUUUUGUUUUGUAAAGAAAGUUCUUGCCAUUUUUUGAUCUGUAAAGAAAGUUCUUGCCGUUUUUUGUUUUGUAAAGAAAGUUCUUGCCAUUUUUUGAUCUGUAAAGAAAGUUCUUGCCGUUUUUUGUUUUGUAAAGAAAGUUCUUGCUAUUUUUUUUACUAAAACAGUUUAUUUUGUUUUCUGCAACUUGCAGGUGACAAGUUAUACGAUGAAUAAGAUUUAAUUAUAAUUUUGUUUUGUAAAGAAAGUUCUUGCAAUUUCUGGUUUUGUAAACAAAUUUAUUGCCUAAUAACUGUAACAAGAAUUUAGACUCUCUUGCCCCCUCCCCCCUCUUUUAUCCACUUAAGACCUCAAGUUUCAAAAAUUCGUGUUCGUCAUACUCCACAGUAUUAUCGCUCUCGUCCUGAAACAUUUAGGCGCGUACUCGAAAGGGUAAAAAUCGGAUUACCCUUUCUUUUCGUGGGGGUUUUCUUUGUCUAUUGUUCCGCCGGGAAAGAUGGCCGUUCUAAACGUUCUAUUCAAAGUUUUUGAGAACAAUAUCUAUGUUGGGGGGGGGGUGGGGUUAGGAAUAGGGGUAGGGUUAAGAAAAAAGGAGAGAGGAGGGGUGAAGCUAGGGAAAGAAAGAGGGGAUAACAAUAUGAAUGGAGGAUAACAUGAACAAUAUAUGUGGUUAGUCUUUGAGGUCUUCUAAUUAACUUUUGGCCGAAAAAUGCUGCAAAGUUUGAACUUUUUUAAAAAUUUUUUAAACUUUUUUUCUGUGUUUUGCUAACAAGUUAGUCUACAGAGAAGAAUAUGUAAAGAGGAAAACACAUUGAACUUGGUCGUUUUGGUCUUUUCACUUUGUACUUAUUUUAUAUAUGUCUUGUAAUGAUAUUCAUAGUGUAUGGAGGGAAGGGGGGGAGAAAAGAUGAAAAGUACUGAUGAGACACGGUUUUGUAAGGCAAGAACUGAUUUUAAAGGUAGGAUAAGUAUUUGAGGUGAGGUAGGGUUUUAGAGUAGAGGUUUUGCCAGGAAAGGUAGAGAAAGACAGGGUAAAGAGAAGGGUUUUUAGGGUAGGACACAGGGUAGGAGUGUUAUAGGGAAGGGUAGGAUAGAACAAGGUAAGAAAGUUUAGUGCAAGGCAGGACAUCGUAUGCCCAAGUUUAGUUCGGGCCAGGGCAAAGUAGGGUAUGAUUGGAUAUGGUAGAAUACGGUAUGAUCGGGCGAAUUCGAUUAGAUGGUAAGGUAAAGCCAUGUAUAGUACAGUAGGGUAGGGUAGGGUAGGAUAAGGUAGGGUAGGGUAGGGUAGGGUAGGUAGGGUAGGGUAGGGUAGGGUAGGGUAGGGUAGGGUAGGGUAGGGUAGGGUAGGGUAGGGUAGGGUAGGGUAGGGUAGGGUAGGGUAGGGUAGGGUAGGGCAUGGUAGGGUAGGGUAGGGUAGGGUAGGGUAGGGCUUGUUACUCUAUGCUGUCUUAUAGUAAAGCAAUCUUUGGUCUUUCUUCUAUUAGUUAGUAUAGCGUCUCUCAGCGUCACUAUACGACGAUACCGUGACACUUGAUGACAUCUUACGAAAGACGGAUCCAUUUUUUCUUUGAUUUGUUUGCUCUUUCGUGUUUUGUUUCAUUUCGUGGUUAAAUGGUAUAUGUGUUAUGGGCCCAUAACGUCCCAUUUGACACUCAAAUUUCAAUUUUUUCGGCUUUUAAUUGUGUGCAUUAGCCGAAGCUUGGUAUAGGUUUUGUGGUUUAAAGGGGGGUUUUGAUUUUUGAGACUUAGUGCCAGCCGGUUUUUAUUUUUUAAAAUUUUUUUUUGUUUUUUUAAAUUUGAAAUUUUUUUAAUUUUAGUGACAGCCGGUUUUAGGUUUUUUAAAAAUUUAGUUUUUUAUGUUUUUAUCGUAUAACUUGUCACCUGCAGGUUGCAUGACCCGAAGGUUGAUGAUUUUUUAUUAAAGUGGCAAGAACUUUCUUUACAAAACAAAAAAUGGCAAGAACUUUCUUUACAAAACAAAAAAUGGCAAGAACUUUCUUUACAAAUCACAAAAUGGCAAGAACUUUCUUUACAAAGCAUAAAAUAACAAGAACUUUCUUUACAAAACAAAAAACGGCAAGAACUUUCUUUACAAAGCAUAAAAUAACAAGAACUUUCUUUACAAAACAAAAAACGGCAAGAACUUUCUUUACAUAACAGCAAAAACACGAAAAGUUUUUAAUAUAUGUAUGCAAAUGACAUUUUUAAUAGGUCAUAUGUGACAUCUUGUCAAGUUAUUCAGAAUAAAGUAUGUAUGUCUUAUGUAUUUAUGCACGACAUCAAAGCUUAGGCAAAUAGAGAACUUGGAGUUAGCAGGGAUAGCAAUGGGGUGUUGGGAUGGCUAGAUCGUGAAUAUUUUUUGCUUUGUAAAGAAAGUUCUUGCCAUUUGUUGUUUUGUAAAGAAAAUUUUUGCCAUUUUGGAUUUGUAAAGAAAGUUCUUGCCAUUUUUUGUUUUGUAAAGAAAGUUCUUGCCAAUGCAUUUCCCAGUCUUUUUUUCGGUCUAGACUAACAUUACCUAUAUUAACCAGCCCUUUAGUCCUAUUAAAAAACUAAUUGAAUUUCUUUUACUACGCCUUUCGUACAGUAUAAAAACAUAAAUAAUUCUCGGAGGUAUAAAUUAUGAUGAAUAAUAAGAUUGUCACAUUACUUUGAACAUAUGUUUCACAUUGAGACAGGUGAUAUUAUAGUUAAUAUUUUAUAACUGGCAUACGUUGGUUAAUUUUAUUGAAUUUUUAAAUUUUGUUUAAGUUUUUAAGCCUUGGGGGUAUGACUUUUUAUUGGUAUUGUAGGGUGGGGUAGAGUAACGUGAGGGUAAGGUAAUCUAGGGUAGGGUAAACAUGGUCAGUAGGGUUGUAGGGGUAAGCCAGGGAUAGGGUAGGGUAAGGUUUUUGGUACUUAUGGUACUAUAAAUUUUGUUUUGUAGUACAAUUGAUGUAGUUUUUGAUUUUGGUACACAUGGUACUGAAAAUUUGAUUUUUGGUGCUCAUGGUACUGAAAGUUUAGUUUCGGUGUCCAUGGUACUCAAAGUUUGAUUUUGGUGCUCAAGAUACUAAAAAUUUGAUCUUAUUACUCAUGGUACUCAAACUUUGGUUUUUGUACUCAUGGUACUGAAGAUUUAAAUUUUAGUACUCAUGGUAUUAAAAAAUUUUAUUUAACUACUCAUAGUAUCGAAAAUUUGAAUUUUGGUACUCAUGGUGCUGGUAAUUUGAUUUUUGAUACUUAUGGUACUGAAAAUUAGAUUUUGGUACUCAUGGUACUGAAAAUUUAAAUUUGGUACUCAUAGAACUGAAAAUUUGGUUUUGUUAUUCAUGAUAAUGAAAACUUGAUUUUGGUACUAGUGGUACUGAAAUUAUUAUUUUAGGGCUUAUGGUACUGAAAAUUUGAUUUCAUUACUUAUGUUACUAAAAAUUUAAAUUUUGGUACUCAUGGUGCUGAAAAUUUGAAUUCUUUUACUUCUGGUACUGAAAAUUUGAUAUUUUAUUUUAUAGUACUACUUAAAUUUUAAUUUUUUUUAGAUGGAAGUUUUUGAAAAUUCGGAUGACAAAACGGUUGAAGAGCCAUUCGACGCUAAAAUCGACCAUCUUCGGAUCUCCACUCAGUACAGCGACCAGAAAAAGCUAGUAUGCAAAAUUUUUUCAUAAAAAACUUUUUUUUUAUUUUAUUUUUUUUUUGUAAAAUACGAAAGGUAGUCCAUUUUUUCAAAAUUUUAGUUAAUCAUCACGAUUAUCGAAGCGGGUGGAGAGAUGGAUGUACGAGAAUGUCGAGAAGCUCAGGUAGGUUAAUAUUGACUUAAAACGGCAUGAACUUUCUUUACAAAACACAAAACAGCAAGAACUUUCUUUACAUAACAAAAAAUGGCAAGAACUUUCUUUACAAAACAGAAAUGGCAAGAACUUUCUUUACAAAACAAAAAAUGGCAAGAACUUUCUUUACAAAACAAAAAAUGGCAAGAACUUUCUUUACAAAACAAAAAAUGGCAAGAACUUUCUUUACAAAACACAAAAUGGCAAAAAAUGUUUACAACUUGACGUAGUUUACAAUUUCAGGUCCGUGUAGCCUUGUUAGGAGAUAAAACAGUGAGGAAAAGGACCGAAUUCACCACUGGACCAACCUUUAAAUUUGCCAAAACUUUCGCUUUUAAAAUUGAAAUGGGUGAGUUACAGUCUUAGUUCUAGCCCUAGUCCAAAGCCCAUGCCCAGAGCCCUAGCCCAGAGCCCUAGUCCAGAGCCCUAGUCCAGAGCCCUAGCCCAGAGCCCUAGCCCAAAGCCCUAGCCCAGAGCCCUAACCCAGAGUUUUAGCCCAGAGCCCUAGCCUAGAUCCUUAGCCCAGAGCGCUAGUCCAAAGCUUUAGCGAAGUGUUCCAGCCCGGAGCCCUAGCUCAAAGCUUUAGUCCAGAGUCUUAGCAUUAGAUCUAGACCAUAACCCUAGCCUUAGUCUUAGCCCUAGUUCAGCCAUAGCCUUAGCUCUAACAUUAAACCUAGUCACUUUAUCCUACUUUAUGCUAGCUUCACAGAGCUUUUUGUAGACCCACUACUGUAUGACCUUAUCCCUGGACUUGUCUUCUCCUAGCUUUAGCAUUUUUUGAUUUCUCGUCAUUGAGUCAAGUUUAUCAGAAAAAAAUUGCGUAGUGACAUAACUUUUUGACAUAACUAGAUAGCCUUAGAGAAAUUGCAAGAAACCGUAUUACGCAACGUUUUCUUAUGUAAUAUUACGGCAUUAUAUAACAUUUGCCUCGAUGUAAAACGACCCAACAAAUGACUGCGAGUGCUGUGGUUUGGCUCUAUUUUACUGCGGGGAAUGACAAUUUUACUAUUACUAGCUCAAGUAUAUGAUGCCUGAGCUAAGCCUAAGGCAAAACAAUCGGAGCUAAGCCUAAACAAAGCUUGACCUAAGCUUGAGACAAGCCUUUGAGCUAAGCCUAACUUAAGUUAAGAAUUAGACUAAAAAGCGUAUCGAACCUAAACUAAGCCUAAGCGCUUAAGCAAGCCUAUAAUAAACAAAAGCUAAGCCAAAGUUAAGUUGAAGCUAAGCCCAAAAUAAGCCUAAGCCUACUAAGCUUAAGCCUACUAAGCCUAAUCCUAUUAAGCUCAAGCCUAUUAAGCCUAAGGCUACUAAGCCUAAGCCUACUAAGCCUAAGCCUACUAAGCCUAUUAAGCCUAAGCCUGUUAAGCCUAAGUCUACUAAGCCUAAGCCAACUAAGCCUAAGCCUACCAAGUCUAAGCCUACUACGCCUGAGUUUACUAAGCCUAAGCCUACUAAACUUAAGCUACUAAGCCUCAACCUACUAAGCCUAAGCCUACCAACUUUUUUACUCUACUUGACUCUUUCAGACAAGCUACCAGACGUUGUGAUACGAAUGCGAUUGUAUCGAAAAAGAAUGCCACAACGAAAUCAACUGGUCGGUGAAUGUUUUCUAAAGGGCAAAAAGGUGGACGCUCAUUCCAUGCACAUUCUCAAGUUACGGCCGCCGAUUAUUUUUACGAAAAAAGUAAGAAACUUAAAAGUCAUGUUAUCGUCGUAGGACCUAAAAUUUAAAAAAAUUUAUUAAUUUAUGUCACUUUUCAGCCGAUUGAAACAGUGGCGAUGAUAGAAAACGGUGAUAUUAUAGCACAAGUAAGUCGAUUUUAUACCUUUUUAAACUUUUUUGGGCUACGACGUUUUACUAAUAUUGUAGGGCGGGGUGGGGUAGGGCAUAAAAGGGCAUAUAAACAUUGUAGUAUGUCACCUAAAAUUCUAAAAAAAAAUUUUUUGCGGAGGAUCAGAGCUUCCGCUUCAAAAUAUCAAGUGUUAUAUUAGAUAACAUCACUGUAUUUUCUUCUCUAGAAGGUUCUAUGAAAUUGUAGUGUAAGACGAUAGGAUGAUGAUAAUAAGAUUAUAUUACACUAGACUUAAGAUGGCUCAAUAUAAUAGGUCAUAACUUCUUGCAUUAAGUUAUAUUUUAUAUUUUUUGCUUUGUGUAGGAUCGAUUAGAUAGAGUAGGGUUGGCUUGGGUAGGCCAAAGGUAGAGUAAGGGUAGAGUUAGAGUACGGUAGGGUGUGGUAAGUAAUUACCUUAACUUGAGUAGGCUAAAACUAGCUCUGUAUAAAGAGGAGAGGGUAGGAUAGGGUAAUUUAAGAUAAUAAUAAGAUAGAAGGGGCAGGGUAAAGGUGGGUCAGGGUUACACAAGGUAGGACAUGCUAGAGUAGAUUACGGUAGAUUUAAAGUGAUUAGCCGUGCGUGCAGGGGUAAGUAGGACUAAGGUCCGGGUUAAGGCUAGAAUUAGAGCUAGGGCAAGAGCAAGGGUUAGGGCUAGGGCUAGGACUAGGGCUAGGGCAAGGGCUAGGUCCAGGGCAAGGGCUAGGCCUAGGGCUUUUGAUAGUGUUAGAGCUUCGGAUGUGGCCAGAGUAAGGCAGAUAUAUUUUAAAAUUUUAUUUUUUUUUGAAAAAAAAGAUUAUUGCAUUUAUUUCAGAAAUUAUCAAACGAAAUAACGAACGCUUUCGUGCCAGGACCAAUGAAAACUCUCCCACUAGUCUCACCAAAACCGAAUCCAGCUAUUUUGAGGCGGAUCACCGCUGCUUAUGGUUCAGAAGUCUUCAUUUCAUUGGCUUAUAGUGAUGAGCAUGAGACGUUUCAUGUCGCUAUCGAAAAGACGUCAGCUAUGGAAAAGUUGAAAACUGAGGAUGGCAAAAGUGUUGGUAUGUUAAUAUGAAUAGAAUGAAAAGUUUUGAUUUUAAGGUUGUUUUUGAUUUUAAAAGCUUUGAAUUGAGUAUCUUUUUUGAUAAAAUUUAGUUUUACGCAAAAAAAAGGAAGUUGCAAGUUUUCGUUGCGGGACCCAGAAUUGUAAUUUUUUCUAUUAAAUUUGAGGUUUUAUUAAAUUUUUUGUUUUGUCUAAGCUUAAAAUGCCACAUUUUAUCACAAGUAAAGCAAAAAAGUCGAAAUCAAGUUUUCAUGGUGGGACCUAUAAUUUUUGAAAAUUUUUAAAGAAUUGUUGUUUCGAUUAUUAAAUUUGCUUUUGCAAGCUUAAAAAAUGAUUUUUAAUGUAAAAUAAGAAUUUUUUCACCUUUUAGAUUGCUUCUUCCAAAUCAUUGUCCGCUCAAACGGCGCCGAACUGUGCCGGCACCGGUCGAAAAUUCUCAGUUGUACUAGUGAAUGCGAAGUGGGCGAAAGCGUGGUGGUACCAGUAAGUUUAUGUUAUUUUGUCUUUUACUAACACGCGCUCUUGACGUAUUUUACAAUUCGGUUAACACGAUUAUUUACUUUUUUCUUUUUUUAAGUUUCUGCCAACUUUGGCAUUGUGUUUCAAAAAAGUUGCUUGAUUGAAUAUGCUAAAUUUUGGAGGAAAUAGUGGUUUUUUACAAGUUUUACAGUACUAAAAUGCAUUUUUGAGCUUUUUAUAUGCUUGCAGCAUAAUGCCAAAUUGGCGGGAAAUUUAAAAUUUAAAAAAUAAAAGUGCAAGUUUUUGGCUAGUUUUUUGUAUACUUAUUGAACAUAGUUAGCGCAUGUAAAAUACGAAAUGUUGGUCAAGUUCGACAAUUUUGAAGGAAGUUAUGAUGCAUCAAAAGUUAUCUUACACAAUAUCUUUAUACCUUGUUGUGGAAAAUCAGUUGUUUCUCUUGAAAGACCUAUGGCAAUAUGCUCAAGUUUAAGCUCAUUUUUAAGCCAGUAAAAUUCUCUAUCUUUUAAACCUAAUUUUAUUUCAGUGCUCGCUAAAAGAGCUUCACGACAUCACGGUAAUCAUUGGCCUCUUCUGCGUUUCCGGCUUCCUGAAGCGGCGCGCCUUGAUCGGCUUCAUUCGCAUGGGCGCAGACGAAAUGGAAAGUGCUGAUGCGGCGGAGCAUUGGACGGAGAUGGUACAUGAUAUUGGGAGGUCGGUGGAGAGAUGGCACAACUUGAGGCGGCCCAAGAACUUGACUUUGUAA